AUGCCUCGCCCUUCACUCACAGCGUCCCUUUUGCGGUCCGGCUUUCAAGCCGUGGACCAAACAAACGAUGGAUUCGCCCUGCCUCUCAACUAUCUGCCACAGCCGGUACCACACGUUACAGCGAAACAGCGCAAUGCCAAAGUCUCUUCCUCGACGUCAGAUGACUACGUGUCUGUCGGGGAUUACACUUUUUAUACAGGCAGUACAGAAGAGAUGACUGGACUUCGCGUUUAUUUUUACAAACCUGACUGCGGCAUCGUUUCUGGUAUCAAGAUAGGCUACCCCAACAAUGUGUGGACGAAAGUCAUGGGCCAACAGACUGCGAAUGUCCAAGCAUGGGACCGACAGAAAGGCGAACUCGUCACACGCUUUACGGCUUCUUCAGCAACUGAGGACGGCUCUCUAUAUUGUUUCAAUAUAUUUAGCCCGACCAGGGGCUGGACAAGUUUUGGCCGAAACUGGGCCAGCAUUCAGACUUACUACAUGGAUACUAACUUGCCUCCGCUCAAUGAUCUUCAGGUCUACUACGAUUCAAAGCGCAUCAUCUGGCUCCAGUAUGUCGGAAAGUAUGUCAAGACAGCCGGAGGAACUGGUGGCGACACCGGGACAGACGGCGAUCUCACUUUGAGCCCGCUGCCGUGCAAUAUGCGCCUGGAGGCGCAGCUAGCUCGCGACGCCACAGGGGACAUCGAGUCCGAUGGCGUAGAGAAGCUCUUCCAAGCAAAGGUUCAGGCCGGAAAAGCUGUGGGCGCAGUCCUCGCACGCAUCGCGGACCUAGACGAAAGCAAGGCGUGGGUUAAAUACUACAAUCGGAAACUGGACCAGACGGUCUAUGUCUGCGAAUCCCAAGAUACCGAUGGCGAGAUCUACAUCUGGACUCGCGGCGUCGGUACAACUGAUCAGCCUGAGCAUGUCACACAGAUCGGGUACCAAGGAGGGGAUCUGAUUGUGUGCAAUGAGUGGAGUCUGGUCGGGAAGUUUGGCAAGGACCUCAAGAACAUCUCGCAGACUAGCCUUGCAUUUAAGUCGUGGUUCACUAAGUAUGUGAAGGAUAGUACCGGCGCAAUUAAGAACAAAGCCGAUCAGGCCCUCAAAGAUGCACUGGCUGGAGCCGGUGUCAUUACUACAGCUGGUGUCCUGACAGUAAAGUACGAGGGCUCCCCGUCAGCUGCUGGUGCAAAUGUCAUCAACUCGUUCACAGUCGGAAUAUGGGCUAUCUUAGCCUGCGAAUCCUUCGUCAAGCAAGUCAUCGCGAAGCCCUACCUGGUGGUUGACACCUUGAAUUUCGACAAGACUUCCGACUGGGCCAAGGUUCUCACAGAAGGCGACGACGACAUAUUUCUGGGUUCCGACGGCGGGGUAUUUGCGAUUCCGAAGAUAGGCGGGUCUGUGUAUCCGGCCUUGAUUGCACUCGAUGCGGGCGAUAUCUCUGUAUGCUUUACGACGAACCUAUUCCUCGAGCCCUGCACUGUGCGGAAAGCACUGGCCUCCUUCGACUCGGGCACCAGCAAUCCAAUUCAAAAUCUCGUUGGAUGCGUUGUGACUGCGAGUAGCGACGCAGCCUCCGUAGGAAUCUCCGUGCUGCAGACUAGCGGUGGCGACAUUCAGAGUGCCGCGGGCCAGCUGGCGAAACUGAAGGCGCCCUCCGACGUAGGCGCUACCUCGACACCGUCUACGAUCAUCGCCACUGCAAGCGACGCGGAGAACGGAUUACAGAAAGUUUCGGUGCUGCUUGGGAAGUACGCCUGA